ACUUUGGCGAAACCAAGACUCUGUAUUCGACAGUUUAGAGAAUAGCUUAAAGUUACCCCUGUAGGAAAUUGCUUUCUACAAAGUUUCGAACAGUAAUCCUCGACACAGAAAAAUGACAUCUAAUAAAUACUACGAUUCCGAUGAGAUUCCAGAGUUAUCACCCCAUCGUCUGGGAGUUUAUGAUGAGGACCAACUUGAAAAGGACAAACCCGAAACUAAUAGCAUGAUAGAAUUAGAGUUAGUUAGACUACGUAUAACUCAGUUAGAAAAAGAAAUUGAGCUAGAAAAGUUACGCUGCCAGAAGAGUGAGGGUUUCGGUCGAUUGGUAAGCAAUAGCGAGGAUGUAAUAUUAAAAAAUCUGUAUUUACCAAAAAGGGAAAUCUUAAGAUUCGAUGGUACACCAAUAAAUUACUGGAAUUUUAUUAGAAAUUUCGAGGAAUGCAUCGGAUACGAGAAUAUUGGAUUUAGAGCUAAACUAAAUUACUUGAUUCAAUAUUGUGACGGCGAAGCCAAAGCCGCCAUUCUUCAUUGUGCUAUACUAGAACCAGAGAUAGGCUAUCAUCAAGCCCUAAAGCUUUUAGAAGAAACCUUUGGUCAAAAGCACGUAAUAGCACGCACGUUCAUCGACAACUUGCUAAACUUUCCCAAUAUAAAAAGGAACCAACCAGAUGGUUUAAGAAAAUUGUCCCGGGAAAUGCAAGCAUGCUGUUUGACUCUCGAACAAAUGAAUUACGUUUCUGACCUGAACUCUACCAGGACUAUUGAAGCUAUGGUUCUGAAAUUACCGACGCAUGUUUAACAAAAGUGGCUAAAGACAGCUUAUAAGAUUAUCAGAGGAGGUCGUGAGCCUCUGUUCGCCGACCUUACUGCCUUUGUAAAGGAACAAGCGGAUAUGGCUAAUACUCGGUAUGGAUUACUCGUCAAUCGCGGUAGUAAUAGUGACAAUAGGGAUGUUGAGGUUUUAAAAGGUAGAAUUAUUGCAGAUUACAAUGCAGCAAAGAUAUCUUACGCGAGUAUUAAUGAUGACAAUGUCCCUUUACUUAGUUCAUCCUGUUUGGAGUGCUCAGGUAAUCAUUCUUUAGAUCAGUGUCAGAAGUUUCAAGACAAGAAUGUUAGAGAAAGGAAAGAAUUCGUUCUUAGAAACAAGUUAUGUAAUGUUUGUCUGAAGGCUAACCAUGAAGCAAGAAACUGUCGAUCGCCGAGGUCAUGUGUUGUUGAAGGAUGCGGUUGGAGACAUCAUACCCUGUUACACGAGAAGCAGG